UUUGCUGUGUUCUUGCAGCCUCCAGCCAAGUUCCUGCUCCCUGAGGUCAGUAUAGGAGACUAUGGGAAGAACUGUGUGGUGAUCGACCUGGACGAGACCCUGGUGCACUCCUCCUUUAAGCCCAUCAGCAACGCAGACUUCAUUGUCCCUGUGGAGAUUGAUGGCACUGUUCAUCAGGUGUAUGUUCUGAAGAGACCUCACGUGGAUGAGUUUCUGCAGAAAAUGGGAGAGCUGUUUGAAUGUGUACUCUUCACCGCUAGUUUAGCCAAGUAUGCUGAUCCUGUGGCUGACCUGCUGGACCAAUGGGGCGUGUUUCGGGCCCGCCUCUUCAGGGAAUCCUGUGUUUUCCACCGAGGAAACUACGUCAAAGACCUCAGUCGUCUGGGCCGAGAGCUCAGCAAAGUCAUCAUUGUAGACAACUCACCUGCCUCGUACAUAUUCCACCCGGAGAACGCUGUCCCAGUGCAGUCUUGGUUUGAUGAUAUGACGGACACAGAACUGCUGGACCUUAUUCCACUUUUCGAGGGUCUAAGUAAAGAAGAAGAUGUUUAUAGUUCAUUACAGAGUCUAAGGAACAGGUAGCAAAUGGACAAUGAACUUCCAUAGGUGGACAUUUUGAAUUUCCAAGUGUACAGGACUUCCAUUGCAAAUAAGAUUAUAUUACUUAUUGUAUGUAAAGUAUGUUUAUAAGUACUUUUCUAACACAGGAAGUUUUACAAUACUAGUACCCAAGAUUAUUUUAGUUACCAAAAAUAAUCUGUCUCACAUCUCUUUGUUUUGCUUUUGUCAGAGUUUUUUUGUGUUGAGCAGUGCUAUGCAGGCUGGUGUUUCCUGUCCAAUCUUUAGGUUCAAAUGACUGUGAUUUUUCAUUUUACAGAAAAAAAGUGCCUUCAUUACUGAGCUGAUUUGAAUGGGGUGCACAUUUUGUAUGCUGUAAUCUACAAAAAAGAUAUAUUCUCGUCAAUCUACUCAAAAUGGACAAUACAAAACUGAAAUAUGUCUUUUUAAUAUUAGUGAAUUAACUAAAAGGUUUACGAUUCAAUGUGGUUUGUGACUGGCUAAGUUAUUGUAAAUUCUUAAAGAUGUUUAAAAAUGAAAUGAUUAAAUGUGAUGAAAUUAUUGUUCAACAAAAAUGUUAAGAGGAAAGUAUAUUUACUAGUUUAGGUCAUAUGAUAUUCUAUUUAUUGGGGUAAAGGGUGUAAAAGGAUGCUGUCAAAGUUGUACUGUACAACAUGAUUAAAGUUGCAAUUUUGCACACUGUCA